CUCGAGAGAUUUUAUAAUUAUAUACGGCAUCGUCUCCAUAGACGACGUUGUUAACCCCCCUCGAGGUUUUUGUGUGUCGUAUUAUCGUCGGCUUUGAUUAUAUAUCGAGUGACUGUGAGUGCUCUGAGGAGAGCAAAAAAAAAAAUCCAUUGACUCGAGGAGAUAACGGAAGCAUCCAGAUUGGGAUAAUUCGCGGUUCAUCCCGAGCAUCGUUACAGUCAAAAUAUCGCAAGUACCUGUGUUUAUAACGAGAGCCAUCAUCGAUGCGGCGCUCGAGGAAUUGACGAGUACACACGCAUAUAUAUAAGAGAGAGGAAGCACAUCGCCGCUGUUAGCAGAGUUUUAUUAUUUUUUUUGCCCAACAACUUUCACCGUUCCGCAGGAUCCAACCGCCUACCACCACCAUAAAACGAAUCCACCACUACUACCAUCGUCCGGUUUACUGCACUUGUGCGUGUACCCUCUUCUCUUCCUCUUUGAACCUGUCAACAAUUACUGGUAAGAAAAAUGUCUGAUACAAGUGAUUUGGAUAGGCAGAUUGAACAACUCAAAAAGUGUGAGAUUAUUAGUGAAGCAGAAGUAAAAGCAUUAUGCGCUAAGGCACGAGAAAUUCUUAUUGAAGAAAGCAAUGUUCAGCGAGUUGAUUCACCAGUGACGGUUUGUGGAGAUAUCCAUGGACAGUUUUACGAUCUCAAAGAAUUGUUCAAAGUUGGUGGGGAUGUACCUGAAACAAAUUAUCUGUUUAUGGGAGAUUUUGUAGAUAGAGGUUUUUUCAGUGUUGAAACUUUCCUGCUGUUGCUUGCUCUCAAAGUGCGUUACCCAGAUAGAAUAACAUUAAUCAGAGGUAACCAUGAGUCGAGGCAAAUUACUCAAGUUUAUGGCUUUUAUGACGAAUGCCUACGUAAAUAUGGAAGCAAUACAGUAUGGCGUCACUGUACAGAAAUUUUUGAUUAUCUGUCUUUAUCAGCUAUCAUUGAUGGAAGGAUAUUCUGUGUGCAUGGAGGAUUAUCGCCAAGCAUACAAACUCUUGAUCAAAUUCGAACGAUAGACAGGAAGCAAGAGGUUCCACAUGAUGGUCCAAUGUGUGAUUUAUUAUGGUCUGAUCCAGAAGAAACACAAGGAUGGGGUGUUUCACCUCGUGGAGCUGGUUAUCUUUUUGGCAGUGAUGUUGUAUCGCAAUUUAAUACUGCCAACGACAUUGAUAUGAUUUGUCGUGCACAUCAAUUGGUGAUGGAAGGCUAUAAAUGGCAUUUUAAUGAAACUGUACUGACAGUAUGGUCAGCUCCAAACUACUGUUACAGGUGUGGUAACGUAGCAGCGAUAUUAGAAUUGAGUGAACAUUUGCAAAGAGAUUUUACUAUAUUUGAGGCAGCACCUCAAGAGAGCAGGGGGACACCAAGCAAAAAGCCUCAAGCAGAUUACUUUUUGUGAAGUGUCGCUCUCCUCGUACUCGUAGCUGCUGCUUUUGUACGGUUGAAAUCUUUUUUAAUGCAGACGCCAUUCAAUUUUAUGGACCGACGUUUAGAAGUGGUUAAUAAUUAAACAUAUAAUUAUUCAUGACGACAAACUAUCAAUCCUGGAACGAACAUUGAGUGCUUGUUGACUUGGAAAUACACCAAUACAUUCACAAUUGUAAAUUAAUUUUUGCGCAAUUUUUUACUUUAUCUUGAUUAUGAACUUGCGUAGUUUCUGCCUUACUACAAUGGUAAAUACAUCGAGCAUAUUCUUUUUUUUACCGAUUAUCCUUGGGUUUUCUUGUAUAUUGGAUAACUUACUUUUAACAUUUUAAUGUUUGUCUAAAAAACAAGUCCAAACUUGUAAAGCUUAAAAUUUACUCCGAGUAUUCACAUAUAAUGUAUGUUAUAUAUAAUUUAUACAAUUAUGAUUAUGAUUAUUACUGCUAAGAAAAAAAUUGAAAGUAAAACUCUUU